GGGUGACCGACUACUUUACUACAUGGGGGUUGGAAUCCUCAUUACGCGCCAAAAAGCGAAUCAUCACGAGCAGCGUCCUUGACAACCAGCUGUGCAUCAGAGUAAUGCACUGAUGGUGUUUAUUUUUAGAAGCUUUCGGCUGCUGCGUGCUACUCUCGUUCAACCCAUACAGUAGUCUGCAUUUAACACAUUGCCCAUCCACACCGUCUGACGAGCAAUUCACCUGAAAACCAUGAGGCUGCAAGAUAUGCAGCAAAACGGCAAUCAACAAGCCACAUAUAUGAGGAAGCACUCUGGCUCUCAGACAGUCCAGAAACAGGCCCCCAUGACCACAGAGUACCAGGAGAUGUUCCUUUCCCCACUCUGCUACAAGGCUAUUGUCUCAGCCCCAUCACAGAAAGGCCCUUACCAUGCACUGAAAGGGACAAGUGCAGAUGUGAGAUCAUACUAUUUGGUCCAAAAAAGGAUCCCAAAGGCCCCACAGCCAUCUUUGCCACCCGUAGGCCACCGGAGCAGCAACCCUCUACACAGUCCUACACACUUUGUCGCAAACCAAAUGGCAUCCCAGUUGGAGGACAGCACAUCAGUUCACCAAAGUAAACAAUUUGAAGAGGAUUUCCAAGCGUGGAAAGCAAACAAGUGCAGCUCCCAGAAAACUUCUGUUCAAGUUGCAGCUAUCUCUAAACAAGUGGCAAAGGUGCAAGAACCACAACCUUUUGAAAAAGUCACCAGCUACACAACUGAUUAUGUCACCCAUCAAUUGCCCCCCAGGAGGCGCAGGGAGAAGCCUGUGUAUCAAACCAAAGGUCUGCCCUUAGAGUCGGCUGUGUCCUUGAAGCCAAAGAUGGCUUGGAACCCAAACCAAGAAGCUUUUGAUGAAGCCAGUGAAUUCUUUCAGCAAUUCAAGACCUGGUCCCUUGAAAACCAGUUCCACAGCCAAGGCAAAAUGUCUGAAAUUAAAUAAAUA